CGGCCCUGCAGCCCGGCUUCAAGGCAGAGGAAAUAAAGGCGGCUCCGCGCUGCCCUCCUGGGGCUGGAGCGGCGCUUGGAGCCCGGAACAAAGCCGGCUCCGUGCCGCCCUCCCUGCGCUCCAACCUGCGCGCUGCAGCUGGGUUUUCAAGCCAAAGAAAAGAAAAUCUUCCCCUGCGCUACUUCCCUGUGCUUCCAUGUGGGCUUUGCAGCCGCGAGAGGAGGGCAGCGCGAGCACGAAAAGCGGCUCCGGCCGCGCACCUGUAGCUCAGGCGGGCGAGAGAUAAAAGCAGGGAGAGAAGAAAAAAGGCCUCGCUCGGUCGGGGCGGUACCGGAGCAGUGCCCGCGGCCGGGACCAGGCGAGUUCGCGCUGCUCGGGGCGGACACACGAUUCCCGGGACAUUGAUCCCAGCCCGGGGAGCGCGGCAGGCCCGGGAUCGGAGUCUCGCGUUUCUAUUGGCCAUAUUAAGGUCUCUGGUGAUUGGGUAGAGUUGUCACUUGGGCGGGAUCAGGGCCGCUCCGCCCUUCUUCGCUCUGAUUGGCCUCUGCCGGCGGAGGCGGGUUCAGGAACACGCCCUCCUCAUUUGCAUUCUGAUUGGCUGCUGAGAAACGGUGGGUGGGCUGCAGUCUUCUGAGUGCUGAUUGGUCCGACUUGGAUGCUUAGCAGCCCUCUUUAGCUGUUCGUCUUUGCGCGCGCGGGUCAGCCAUGCGCUGGGCCACGUCCCGCAGCUGGCCCGGGCCCCCGGGCGCUCCCGCAGCCUGUUCCGCCGACCACGGCGGGUCGUGAGGGAGACUGCGUUCCCCGCCCUGCGGGGCCUGUCAGGCUCUCUCCUGAGGUGGGUGGUGAGGGUUGAAGCUGCGUCUGUCCCAGUGCCCUUUUCUCUCCUGCUCCCGCCUGCGUAGCCUCCCUGUCUCCUCGACGUGCCGGGUGGUGGGCUAAGGGGGUGCGCGUGGGCCCCAGGAAGGACUGUUUGCUGCUGGGCUGACGCUGAAACCUCCCUCGAGCGCACUUGGCAAAACACACUUUUCUGUUUUAAAAAGAAAUGGAUAUGAAAAACCUGGUUCAGGAAGCACCACGAGACAUCGGUUCAAUUCUACCGGAGAGUUUGGGAUCUUUGGUGUAAAAUAAUUGAGAUUAUUGAGAACAGGGGAUUCGAUUCAUCUGAUGGUGUUAUUUAUUGCGUACUUACUUCAAAAACCUGAAACUAAAGACAUGUAUCCAAUCAGGAUAUGUUCGUGUGUGAUCCUGCUACUAUCUCUCACUCUGUCUCUAUAGAUGGGGAUGGUGAUAUAGAUAUGCAUGUAUUCUCCCGGAGCAGCCGGGAUUUCAAGCCAGAAAAAGUAAAAACCUGCCCUGUGCUGCUCCCUUGCUUUUGAACCUGGGCUUUGCAGCCAAGACAUGAGGGCAGAGAGAAAAAAAGACCCGGCUCGGGCCGCGCACCGGUUGCUCAGGCAGGGGGGAGAUGAAGGCAGCGAGAGAAGAACAAAGGCCCCCUCGUGCGCGGCGUAACUCGGGCAGUGCCCGCGGCGGACGCACGAGUCACGGACGUGGAUUCAGGGCGGGAGCGCAGCAAGGCCGGGAUCGGAGGCUCGUGUUCCCAUUGGCCAGCGUGAGGAGUGAGGCGAUUGGGUGGAGUGGCCGCUUGGGCGCAGUCACGACCACUCCGCCCUUCUUUGCUCUGAUUGGCCUGUGGCGGGGAGGCGGGACCAGGAACCUGACCUCCUAUUUACAUUCUGAUUGGCUGCCGGGGACUGGUGGGGGGGUGUGCGGGCUCAUGUGCGCCGAUUGGUCCGACUCCGCCCCUCAGCGGCCCCGCUCCGCUGUCCGCGUGCGCCUUACGGGUCCGCGGUGCCCGGAGCCCACGUCCCGCUGCUGGCCCGGACGCCGGGCGGUCCGCGAGAGCUGCGACCGGCUGUUGUGGCGACCACGUGCGGGAGCGCCCGGCGCGGCGCUGGUAACGGCCACGUGCUGCUCCUCGUGCCCCCGUCCUUGGAGCCGGCGUGUCAGCGAGGGGCCGCAGCCACAAAGAAUUGGGCCUUGGGGCCGAAGGGCCCCCAGGAGCUGUCAUGUCUGCAAGGGUCGCUCCAGGCACUUAGACGGGUGUGCGGGGCCUGCAGCGGUCCCUCGCAAACAGCCGAGGCGCCACGGGCGACAGAUGCAGAACUCAGCUGAGGCAUCCCAGUUCCUGGAAGCAUCCUUCUCAGGACAGAGGUCCAGUCAGGAGCUGGAUGAAACAACACGAUCGGACAUCUCUGAAAGACUGUCCGUGGAAGAUGUUGGAUGUUGAGUCUGAAACUGGCUCCACUGGAGCCCUUGAGACCACGAACUUAAAGGCCCACAAAGGUGAGGACCAGUGUUGCUUGGAACAUGAGCCAGUCAGCCUUACAGACCUGAGUCUAGGGUGAUGGUCACAUCUUGUGGCUGAGUAACUGUCCACUUGUGCAGUGGGUGAUGAUAACUUUAUUCCUUAUCUGUUUUGCUAAUCUACAAGGUGAUAUGCUUUAGGCAAGAUGGUUGUGAUUAUUUCUGGAAGAUAUGUCAAAGCAGUCACUUUUUAGCGAACAAACAGCCAACCUGUGUUAGCAGCACAAAUUGCAGGAAUGGGACUUGGACUGGCAUGUUCUCCAAGUAGGUGCGCAAAGAAAAGGAGCAAGCAAGGUGCAAUGUCAAAUACAAGGCAAAUAUGAAGUCAGUUUUAAGACUUAUUUUACCAAGUGUCCAAUAUUAUAACUGCUGAAAGCAAUGGGACAGUUGAGGGAGACCUUGCUACAGAGCUUUUGGGAACUGGUGAAACUACAAAUUGUGUGAUGCAAGAUAGUAAUGUAGCUUCCCUAAUGAAACAAAACAUGUCUAUGUAGGUGAAAUACUUGCUGAUGGGGAGAUGCAAUAGUCUAUAAAUGGCAUAUUUGGUUUUUUUUUUAAUUUUUGAGCUCUAGAGUCACAAUGAAGUCAGCCUUGUGCUGCAUGGAAAUACAAGUGCAGAUUUAAAAAAAAAAAAAAAGAUUGAUUGAUUGA